AUGCCCAGUGCCGUAUCACCAGCGCUUGAAGCCGCCUCUGCGGAGGCCAAGGGAACCAAGAGUCCUCGAAGCCUCAACAUUGACGACUUCCCACACUUGGUAGAUGCAUCCGCUCUCGACACCGCAUCAAGAAUUCUGGGUGUAAUCGACCGAUAUCGUUUGCAAAAGUCAAAAGAUGAUCCAGUUGGAGCAGGCGAAGGCGGCUUGAAGUUUCUGGCCGUCAUUUACAGCCACAUCAAAGCUGGCAAGGCUGUCCCAAUGUGCCUUCCAGCCUUCCCCUUCAAGUCUCCAAACAGAUCAGCAAAGGUUCUCGGCAAGAAUCCCGACAGGGCAGAAGAACUUGCUUUAAGCCACCUUAACGGAUUAUGCCAAGCCAUUACAGACAUAUACCCCCCUGGGGCUAAACUCACCAUCAUCUCGGACGGUCUUGUAUACAAUGAUCUUCUUGGUGUCCCUGAUAAGGAUGUCUGGUCAUAUGGUGAGAACCUUCGGCUGCUGGCCAAGGCAAAGGGCUUCACCCAGAUUGACUUCUGCCGACUGCGAGACCUUGUGCCCAUCUCUCUGCCAAAUGAGCUGGAUGAGAUGACCUAUGUCGCAAACGCAUCGAAUUUCCGCCGAUCCCUCCUCAACACUUUCGGCAACCCAAAUUGGGAAUGGAAGGAAGUGUGCCAAAUUGAAGAUGUAUGCCUUACAUACAGAGGCUACAUCAAAUUCCUGGAAACCGACUUGGCAGAAGUCUACCCGCUUCAAGAGGAUCGAAGCAAGUCUAGGUAUAAGCGCGGAAUCGAGUAUAUCGCAAAACAAAUGAUGUAUCGCGGAGAUGCAUUUGCAAGCGCUGUUCGACAAAAGUACAAGGACCAUGUUCGUCUGUCGAUUCAUCCUUCCACUGGUGCCAACAAACUCUCAGUCAGCCUGCUUCCCACCACCACCAUGUUCACAACGCCAUGGCACUGCACCGUUGGUUACAAGCUCGAUGGUACGGUGGUCUCUGGUAUGCGAUCCGAUUUCGAAAAGGACGAAACGUACGAGUUGGUCUUGGAGAAUGGACACCCUAGCUAUUAUCGUGAAAAGUCGGAUCUCUUUUCUUGGGGCACUGAGAAGGGUGGUGUGACUUUCGAGCCGAUAUAUCCAAGUGGUUGGUUGUUGAAGCCAGCCGCUGGGCCGGGUUCCUUGACCAUCAAUGACGUUGAUGCGAAGAAGGUUCGAUCAUUGUCUGAGAUCAGCUCUCCAGUUAUCAUGCGUGGAUUCUUCAAGAAUCCCAAGAAAGAGGCUUUCAUCGAGAAGUCCAAGGAGUUUGGUGAGCCUCUGCCAUGGAAAUUUGGGCUUGUUCUUGAGGUCAAGGACCAAGGCACAGACACUCGCGGCCUCAACAACGUCCUUUCGGCCGAGUGGAUGCCAUUCCACUACGAUGGACUUUUCAAGACCGCCACACAGGUCAAUGACAAGGGCGAAGAAGUUUGCGUCUCCGUUCCUCCCCACUUCCAGUUUUUCGUUGGCGCCACCUCCUCCCCCAGGGACACUGGCUUCACAUUGUUCUCCUCGUCAACCAUGUUCUUCAAGUAUCUGCCCAAGUGGCUGACGGUGGAGGACCUCGCGAAGAAGACGUGGGCAGUCUCGACAUCCUCCUUCGACGCAACCAAGCUGAAGGGGCUUCCGUUGGUUAUUUCUCAUCCUACGACGGGCAAGCCAUGCCUCCGAUAUCACGAGCCAUGGCCGCAGACCAAGACGCAGUUCGAGGCUACCCUGGUCACCCUCGACGACCAUGAUGAAGCGAGCAACCAGGCCAUUUGUGAAGCCAUUGACGCCACGCUUCACGACAGGCGAGUUGCAUACUACCACAUUUGGGAGAAGGGUGACCUGGUUGUGAGCGACAACAUCUUGAUGAUGCACACGCGAAGCGACUUCACCGCUGGAAGCGAUCGGGAGCUCUGGCGAAUCCACUUUGACUAG